GAUUAGAGUCUGCGACGACCUUUCUUACACAGUGUUAUCUCGUCGUGCUAGUCGACGAGUGUGGUGACGAUCGGAGUCUCUCUGCCACUGCUCCAAUAAAAAGCCCUGUUUUGAGAUGUCAGAGACGGAGACAGAUACAGAGACCGAUGCUACAACAGAAGCAGGGGAGGAGGAAGAGAAAGUCCCGGUUACCUGGGAAGGAGAAUUGAAGGAUGGAUGGAUUCCAGACAAAGUAGGAUUAGCCACCUUUCCCAAUGGCGACACUUAUCAAGGGAAUUAUGAGAAUGGCAAGAAAAAUGGGCAUGGCAAGUACACCUUCGCCAAGGGAGCGGUUUACGAGGGCCAGUAUUCCAACGACCGAAGAAAUGGUCACGGUUUUAUGAAGUAUCCAGAUAAAAGCACCUACUCAGGCGCAUGGUUUAGAGGGCUAAAGCAUGGCCAAGGAGUAUACACCUACGCAAACGGGGAUCGAUAUCAGGGAGACUGGCGGUACGAUCUUAGACAUGGGCAGGGUACUUACUACUUUACUGAAAGUAUGAGCUCGUACGUAGGAACAUGGGAGUUCGGCCACUUCGUCUUGGGAGAAUGGGUGUGGAGAGACGGAAAUAAAUACGAAGGUACAUUCUACAAAGAGAAGCCAAUAGGUCGAGGACGAUACAGGUUCAGGAGCACGAACAACGAGUACAUUGGAAACUUCGAGAGGACAGAGAUUCCUAAAAGCUUGGAUGCCAAUGCACCCGUGGAGGUCAAAUUGGUGUUCAGAGAUGCUCGCUUGCGCUCUCUGCGCGCUUGAGUCUAGCUUCCUGACCACACAUUGUGCGAAUCAGCUCUAAAUAGCUACCUAUUGAAACAUUUGACUUGAACUCGGAAUAAAAAUGUUAAAAAAUUGGACAUAUGAUCCCGUCGCAUGUCAAUUUGCUCUAGCAAGCCCACACAGAAACACUGAAAUCUAUCACAUCCAUACGCCAUACGUCUCUAGUAUCGGAAGGCAAGAAAAUCUCUCUGGGUUGCGAGUUAC